AUGUCACCUUCGGCCCCCUCGGUCCCAGUGCAGCCAAAAACUUCAAUGCAAAGGAAAAGCCUGGAUUGGUUUCACAGGCCUUUUAAAAAGCGGACUUAA